AUGGAUUAAAAUGUAUUUGAUUCCUUCGGAGGGGAUGGCUAAAUUUCAGAUCUCAUAGAUUAGUUUUAUUAUAAGGUCUUGUUUGAUUAAUCUUUAAGGGGAAAAUUUUUAAAAUCUGAUAUGACAAGAGUGAGACUUUAAUAAAAAACAUUUUUUGCUUAAAUGUUUGGCUGCCCUCACACCAAAUAUACUGGAAAAGAUUUGAUUGAGGUUCAUAAGAAUCUGAAUAUUACUAAUUAAUAAUUCGACCGAUUCUUACAUCAUCUAAAAUGCAUAUUAACUGAUAUGAAUAAACCGACAGAAUUGAUAGAUGAAAUUUUGAAGAAAGUAGAUAGUCACAGAAAACUGAUAGUUUUUGGAUGAUAUAAACAUAAUAUAUUGUAAUAUAUGAGUACUUU